GUUCUCGAGUGCCAAGGAGCACCACUUCUUUGACGUCCCAGAGCGCUGGAGGCGCGGGCUGAGGUACUAUGCGACGUCGUUUCCACGCUGCUCGGAGGCGCAGCUGACGCUGGACGCCACGCCCAACUACCUGUCCUCUGCAGGCGCGGCCGCAAGGCUUGCACAGGCCUAUGGUCCCGCACGGCUGGCGAGAACGAGCUUUGUGGUCGUGCUUUGCGAGCCAAUCCGGCGAGCCCAAAGCGCGCUGUACCAUUUCCGUGGCGUCAUGCUGGGCGCGUUUAUUUUCCCGCUGGUACCCGCAGAGCAGCAGACGCCCAUGACGAGGCACAUCGGGUGGCCGUGGCGCUCCUUUCGUGACCGUGUGCAUCGCGACGUCCGUGCAAGGACGUUCAGCGGCGCCCUGUACGCAAUGGGACGCUAUGGCGCGCAGCUCGACGCGUGGCUGGAAGCCACUGGGCGCCUGAGCGUAGUGCCCCUACCGCUCUACUCGAGGCACGAGCUCGCGACUCUCCGCGAGAUUGAGUGCCGCGUGAUGCACCGGAGCGCUCAUGGCACUGAUCCGCCGGCCGACGCGUGCGACGCAUCCCGCGUGCACGAGCCACCCCCCGGCGCUCGGAUCAACUCCAACUCCCACCCGCCUCUCUGGGCGGACAUCGAUCGCGCGGACGCAGCGACUCUCGCGACGAGCUUUGAGUGCUCUAACCAGCACGUCCACGUGCUUCUCGAGACACACCCAAACGUCAGCGUGCUCCCCGCCGGAUUUGGCAAGCAGGAGUGGGUUCACUUCCUCGAGCCGGCGUACCUCCCACCUCCGGAGGCUCGCAGUCGUGCGCCGCCGUGGCUCGCGUACGGCGCCAUCCCACUGAUGCAGGACGUCUUGACGCACCUGUGGCGGCCCUCAGCGCCCACCCCGCGGGUGGGCCGUGAGAAUUGGGUGCUCGCGCUGCUGCUCUUCGCGCUGCUGCUGGCUGGGCUCACCACGGCGUGCGGCUGCACCGUGCACGUGCUGCGAUUCCGAGUGCCAUCCCGGAGCGCAGUGCUAGUGUGACGCAGAGCGCAACGCGGUGACCGGUGUCGCCGGUGUGCACUCUCUUGCUUCGGAAGCGAAGGGCGGUGCAUUGGCACGGUGUGGGGGCGGCGGCCGCAAGCACCGGUCCACCGGUAUCUGUCAAAUCAUUGUGGGGAACUGUGUGGGCAGCCCUGGUGUGGACGGUUCUUUUGCGGUAUCUUGAUGUAUCUCUCCAUAUCUGACCGUAUCCC